AUGGUAUCCUUUUCCUGUGAAGUUUGCAAUGACACAGUUUUGAAGAAAAAGUUGGGUCAACAUCAGCAAAGAUGUUAUGGGGCUUAUUUCACAUGCAUAGAUUGUUCCACAACUUUUCAAGGAGAUGACCAUAAUAAACAUACAAGCUGUAUAUCAGAAGCAGAAAAGUAUGAGAAAGGAUUGUACAAGGGUAAGAAGAAGCAACCACAACAACAACAAAAACAGCAACCACAACAGCAACAGCAAAAACAAGAGCAACAGAAAGAGCAGCAAAAAUCACAACCAAUAAAGUCAAAAAUAGAUACAAAAGAUGACACCAAACCAGUUACCAAGUCAGAAAAGAAAUCUACUUCAGGUAAAAAGCAAAAGGAGGACUCGUUUUUAUCACCGUUUGUCAAUAACUCUUCCCAAAAUCUAUACAAAAUUUUGAAAAAGGCAUCAAAUGAUGAUAAUAAAAAAUUGAAAAAUAUUUUGAAAAAUAUGACAAUCAUUAGAGUAGAUGACAAGUUGGUUGUGAAAGAAGGAUGA